UCGGAGAGCAGUACGGCUAUUGAGACCUAGGAGAAGGUUGUGUUAUGCUAAAGCAGUGGAGAUCGCGGAAAUCUGGCGCCAGUGAUCAUCAGCGGGCAAGAGGAGAUUCGGCCAGUUCGAUCUGAGACUUCUCGGGUGGAAGGAGGACAAAUACUCUGACAUCAUGUACAACAACGGCAAUGGUGGAGGCAACUACGGGAAUAAUGGGGGGAAUGGCAAUAAUGGGAAUGGAGGCGCGGGGGGAGGAAGAACGAAUGGACUACAAUGCUAUGAAUGUGGGAAAUUUGGGCAUAUUGCGAGAGAUUGUUGGGCCAAGAGGGGUAGAUCUGCACAGCAAGAUGAUGAGGUAAACUUGUUUGUUCGGGAUUUGAUGAAAGAGAGAGAGGAGAAACGCAAGCGAGAAGAAGAAGAAGAGAAGCUACGGUUGAAGUUGGAGAAGGUAAGGAAGCGAGAACUAGAUUUGGCAAGGAGGACCGAGGAGAUGCAACUGCAAUUACAGGCGGAGAUCGCGGAGAAGUGGAGGAAGCAGCAAGAGGAAGCGGCAGAGAAGAUCAAAGCAGCGGCAUCGGUGGUAGGAGAUGGGAAGGGUCCUAUGAGUCCUAGGAGUCCGAAGAUCUCACCUAAGAGUAAGGGCAUUCAAAGAGGAAAGGAGAAGAAGAAACCUACAGGGUCAAGCAAACGAAGGAAGGAGGUCGGGCGAUUGGUUGUCAUGUCCUCAUCCUCAGAAAUUGAAGAAAGUUCCACAUCAAGUAGUGACGAUUCCACUGAUUCUGAAGGGGAGACACUGAAGGUGAUCAGAAGACUACGAGAAGUGAAGAGGAAAACCAAAAGCAAGAAGAAGAAAGCGAACACUAAGAAGGAGAGCAGGAAGGCACCUUCUACAGUCCAGGAAAGAGGAGAAUGUUCGAAACGCUCAUACACACCGGUUUCCACACCGGGAAACGACGCCGAACCAAAGACGCCGCUUACAAAGGGCUACAAGGGGAUUGCUGCCGGUUGCUCUCAAGAAGGCAUGAUAGACUAUACGCUGUCGGUUAUGAAGCAACUGUAGACCAAGAAUCUGAGCUGAAGGAGAUGUGCGGCAAGCAUGGCAUUAAGCUGGCUAAGAAGGAUGAGAUGGUGAGGGAACUGGCGAGAAAACAGACUGAAGUCGCAUACGACGGAUUUUUUACCACGCCACUUUCGAAGAAAACCACGUCACUGCGGAUUGGUGAAGAUAAGUUGCGGGCCCAGAAGACGCCCGAGGAGAUGGUAAAAUCCUCAAUCACCACGAGGGGGAAGGCAAAGAUGACUGAGACACCGAGAGUAGUACUGCGCUCCGCUACACCUGAGGAAUCUGCACCAGAGUCUUCUCCCGAAUCGGAUUGACAAUCAAAGCCCCCUUCGAAG